AUGAGUGCAGUCGAAGAAAUAGAGAGAUGCUUAUCUUAAGCAAUUCAACUGAGAACUGUUACUGAAAUAGUAGCUACAAUGGGUACAAAAGUGCUCACUCUACAGAACUUUUAAUUAUUGAUAAAGAAAUUCAAUAAGAACAUAAUCAAUAAAGAAGUUGAAGAAUAUUACUACAAAGUCCUCACAGAUUUUGAUAGUCGGGUUGGGAUUACCUAAGAAAUAUUCGAAAAGUUAGUAGAGAAUUUACCGAAACCUAAAAGACGACAAGAUGUUGUAAUGAGUUUAAUUGAGGGGAUACAAUAGAAGAAAGCAUCAUUAGAAAGGAUUUAUAAAUUUUUUGAUUAUGAUGGGGAUGGAAAAAUGCAAUUAAACGAAAUGAAAGAACUUUUGGAAUAUUUAUACCCAGAAAUUACCGAAGAAGAUAUCAAAAUACUAAUGAAAAAUAAUAAUGAAGUCUAAUUUUCUUUCGAAAAUAUUAAAACUUUAUUAUCUUUUGAAUAAAAUAUGAAUGCCGAAAUUGUUAUUGUUAAAGAUAAAAAUGAACUAAGUGACAGCGAGGAAGAUGAUGAAUAUUACGAUGAAUAUGGAAUGUUUAAAGGAAAUCAAGAAGAAUUCUUUGAUGAAUAGAGUUUCUCACAAGAUUCCCCAUUUUAUGAAUCUUUUAUUAAUUUCAAAAAUCUCUACUUCAAAUUGAAAGAAAACAAAACAAUUUUCGUUGAUCCCGACUUCAAGCCUGAUGAGACAAGCUUAGGAAAUGUGGGGACUAAUUUUGAAUGGAAAAGACUUACUGAGAUCUGGAAGAAUGCGUAAAUCUUCUAAAAAGACCUAUAUCAUUCCAACAAUGAAUUAGGAGUUCAUACUUUAGUUUCACCAAGAGACAUUAAAUAAGGAUCACUUGGAGAUUGCUAUUUUUUAUCUUCUUUAGGAUCAAUUGCUAGUAAACAUCCUGAUAAGAUUUUCGAUCUAUUUUAGACUCCUAUUCUAAAUCCUUACGGUAUUUAUGGAGUUUGGCUUUGUAUCCAGGGAGUUUGGAAAUUGAUUACUCUAGAUGAUUAUGUACCUGUCUAUGAUGAUCAACCAGCAUUUAGCGGGAGUGACUCUCAAGAAAUGUGGGUUAUAUUAUUAGAAAAGGCUUGGGCUAAGUUGUUUGGAAGCUAUGCGAAUAUUGUAAGUGGUGAUCCAAGGGAAGUAAUAGCAAGCAUUACAGGAGGACCUACUUGGUGUAUCAGUAGUGAUGAAAGCACUUUUAUUGAGAGAUUGAAACAAAUUAUGAAUUCGUAUCAAAAUUAUAUUGUCUGUGCAGGAACAUACUCUGAUAAGCCAGAAUCAGAAAUGAUGGGCUUAGUUCGUAAUCAUGCUUAUUCGGUGUUGAAUUUUCGAACUAUUAAAUUGCCAAGCAAAGAAGAAGUUUAACUCAUAUAAUUGAAGAAUCCAUAUGGGAAUGAUUAAGAAUGGAAUGGAGAUUGGAGUGAUAAAAGUCCACUUUGGACAGAAGAGCUCAAAGAUAAUGUCUUACAAAAUUAAGAGGCGGAUGGCAUAUUUUUUAUGUGCAUUGAAGAUUUCAGAAAGCAUUUUGAAAAUGCAUAUAUAGGAUUUUGUAAUCCUUACUUUGAAUUUGGCUAGAUUACAAUAUAAUGCCAAAGGAGGAAAUCAGCUUAUAUUUUAGUAAAUAUUAAAAAAGAUGGAGAGUAUUAUUUUUCUGCCUAUUAAAAAUCUUAAAGAAUGUUUAAAUAAUAAUCAAAAGACUUAUAACAAUUAUAUGAAUAUUCAGAAAUGCGUUUGAUACUAUCUAAAAUGAAUAAGAAUAAUUCCAUUUAACCUUUAACAUAUAAGACUGAAACAGAUAUGAGUUUUAAUAUAUUUGGAAGAUUAUAGAAAGGUCAAUAUAUUCUUCAGCUUAAAGCUAAUUGGGUAAUGGAAGGGUGGGAUUAGAAUGAUGUUCCUUUAGCCUCAUAUGGAGAAGACACAACUGAAAUGAAAUUUUGUUAGAAAAUAUCGAAUUUCUAAUAAGCAUCUAUCUUAUUUGAAGCAAAAGAAAAAAGAACAGAAGCUAAGCCUCUUAAUCCUUCUCAUCCUGAACUUGUUGUAUUGAAGAAUAAAUCUUUAGCAUAUGGAUAUCCUUACCUUUAUUAUUAAAAUUUAUCCAAAGAAAAGACAUUCAAUUUCAAUUUAGUAUUUGAAGGAGAUAUAAAACUAAAGAAACCUCACGGUGGUAAUUUAGUAGAAAUUGAACUUAAGCCAGGAUAAGAUAAGUUGAUUGUAUACAAAUUCUUGGUGAAAGGAACAAAAAUGAAAUAUCAAGUUCACAAAUUUAAAUGUGUAACUGUGUAAUGA